AUGGCAGCCGAUACGAAACGCCAGAAUACAGGAGCAAGGGUGCCGGUCGCCUUACCCAAGGCUGAGGCCGCACAGCCAAUUGCGUCGUCGGUCUCUUUAGAAGUCGGUCUACAACAAGCCAUUGGAAGCCGCAUUCGAGUCAACACCAUCGUCCCGAACCAGACCAGCGUCGAGGGCACCGUCUACACGGCCGAUCCUCUCACCAACCUCCUGGUUCUCAACAUCAGUGACACGCCGGCAACCACGAUCUCCUCCACCUCACUGGUCGCUCCAGCGGGCGCAUACCGAAUCAUCCCUGUUUCCCAAAUAAGCAGCUUCCAAAUACUCUCCCUUGCGCAGCCAUCGACCGAAUCCUCAACCAACCCGACCCAUAAUUCUAUCGACAUCAAUGCGGUCCAGUCCCGUCUCGCCAGAAACAUAGCCGCCCAGCAAGCAGCACAAGCACGAGUCGGUCCUAAGGGCACCACUCCGACAGACCAGGCGCUUUUCGAUGCCUUGUCCCGAACACACCCGGCUCGUUGGGCUGGCAACGUGAUGCUCAUCUCGGAUACAUACCUGAUCGAGAAACCAUACGGUGCUGUGAACGUUCGAUUUGUUGAGGGUCGGCAUGGCGAUCUGGAGCGGAUGAAGAAGGUGGUUGACAUGGAAAGACAGAAGAUCACACUGAGAAUGUCCAAAGGGUUGAUUGAUGGGAAACUAUCUGAUACCAUGGCGGGCAAGGGAGCGACUGCGGGCGUCAAGAAGGGUGGCUAG